AUGCUCUGGAUGUUCAGCCCGUCCAUCACAAUCGAACUGCCAGAAAACACAGAGGUGGAGAUUGUGGAGGAGGUUCGUUUUUCUUUCGCUUCGGCCGGAGAACCUGGGCCUCCCGAGACAGCGCAGUUUGGCGGGUGUUUGGUCUUACCCGUCGCGAAGUCCAUCUUUCGUUUUGUUCUGCAGCGUCUCGGCCCGCGAGCGCCGCUGCCAGCCGACAGCCCGAUUCUUGCCUGGUGCGGCGACGAGGAAGGAAAAGAGGCAGUGAUGCAGCACGCCUUCCAAUUGGGCAGCUUGGCCCAUGCAGCGUACGACGCAGUCGAGGAGCUCGGGCGCCAGCGCUUGGCCAAGGUGAAGCUGAGGCAAUCGUGCAAGCGUGUUUCAGACUUUUUGAACGAGCGCUUCUGCGUGUUCAAGCUCAACGUUUCUAUUGAGCCAUGGGAAACUGCUGCGAGUGCUUGGUUUCCCCUGGAGAUGCUGAUGCGCGUGUGGAGGAACCACGCAGGCAAGCUGUCGCUUCACAGGUGGCAACAACCUUUCUUCUCAGGCCUGGAGACCCUGGAGUGGCGGAUGCUCCUCUCGGAGCGGGAGACCACCGCGCGAGAGCUGGCAUCGACUCUGCAAAAGGUGGAGGAGAUGGAGAAGGAGGUGGAGGAUCGCAAGAUCGAGCUCCAGAUUGCCGAGCGGCGGCGCGAAAGAGAGAAGCGGGGUGCUGCUGCACCAAAGACCCUGAGUGCUGGGCAGACCAGCACGCAGGGUCUGCGCAUGCGCAAGUUGCAGGGCUACUUCUGGCCCAACUCGGCGUGGAAGCGAGUCAAGGGAGGUGCUCCACCCAAGGAGUACCCCCAGCGCUCGAUGACAUUCCGAGGGCAGGUGCUGAAGGGAGGUCUCCUUGGCGAGCCCUUUGGUCAGCCAUGUGGGACUACUGCCAUGUAUGGCAGCGACAGCAGGUUCGUGAGCAAGGAGACUUUGCGCUGUCUGUUGCCUGCGAAAGAAACUGAAUGA